CAAUAGUAUACUUUGAUAAUCAGUCCAUCUGGAUGUGAUCGCUUACUCAAGUGUCUGCAAUAAGCAGGUUAAAUCAUUGUGAAGAUAAGACGCUGGAAAGCAAGUGAAGACUGAUACACUUAUCCCUCUUCACCACCUCCUGUAUUCUACCAUGAUUACACUCUAAAGAGGACAUUUAGUUAAUAGUCAUCAAUUGUGCUUCUCCUUACCCCUCUAUGAGGAAGUAACCUAAUAGCCAAGUUGCAAGCUACUACUUCUUCUAAGGGCCAUGAGUUUCAUAGGUGACACCUGGAAAAUGAGAUAAUGACCACCUAUAUCCUUUAUCCUGGGCAUUCAGGAAGGGUUUGGACUCUUUUUGACAUUUCUGAAUCAACAACAGAGGAUAACAGCUAUGAUGUGAUGUAUAAGCCACACAAAUAAAUACAAAUGUGGACUGUAGGCCUCCAAAGAAGAAAUGAACUUGCUGAGGAUCUGUGCCAGACACUGGAAAUGUCUGAGAUGUUAAGAGAAACUGAUAACAUCUGAACAUAUCCAACCAAACAGGCAAAAUCUUGCACCAUCACUACCACCACAUUUUACCACAAAGGAAUGCCACUGCACAUGGACUCCAAGCAGAUUAAAAAUAAAAAUAGUUGACUAGACUUCAGACUGUCCUGAACGGGAUGACGGCUACAGCUACAGUGAAGACACCAAAAAUGGAGAAGAGUACCUCCAAGGAAGAGAAACAGCAGCCUAAGCAGGACAGCACAGAGCAGGGCAAAGCUGAUUCUGAAGAGUGGAUGAGCUCUGAGAGUGACCCUGAACAAAUGAGCCUUAUGAGUGGUAACCACAAUGAAGACAGCUGUCAACCUGGGGUUUCUCAGUUAAAGAAAGAUGUGAUUCCCUCCAAGUCACACCGCCAGCUCUGUAGAUCACCUUGCCUAGAUUGUCCAAGCUUCUCCCAGAGCAGCAUUUUGCAGUAUGGGAAGCUUGACUUGGAAAAGGAAUAUCAAGCCAAGAUGGAUUUUGCUCUAAAGUUGGGCUAUGCAGAGGAACAGAUUCAAUCAGUGCUGAACAAGUUGGGCCCAGAAUCACUUAUUAAUGAUGUAUUGGCAGAACUUGUAAGACUUGGGAACAAAGGUGAUACAGAAGGACAGGUCAACUUGAGUCUGUUAGUGCCUCGGGGGCCCAAUUCCAGAGAGAUUAUAAACCCUGAACUGUCUCUUGAAGGUGAAAUAGAAAAUAUUGACAAUUUGAGGCCUGUUGUCAUUGAUGGAAGUAAUGUAGCAAUGAGCCAUGGGAAUAAAGAAGAGUUCUCCUGCAGAGGAAUCCAACUUGCUGUAGAUUGGUUUCUAGAUAAAGGCCAUAAGGAUAUUACUGUAUUUGUGCCUGCAUGGAGGAAGGAGCAAUCUCGUCCUGAUGCACCAAUUACAGAUCAAGAUAUCCUGCGUAAACUGGAGAAGGAGAAGAUUCUUGUCUUUACACCAUCGCGAAGGGUCCAAGGCAGGAGAGUUGUCUGCUAUGAUGACCGGUUCAUAGUCAAACUGGCUUUUGAUUCUGAUGGCAUCAUUGUAUCCAAUGAUAACUACAGAGACCUUCAAGUUGAAAAGCCAGAAUGGAAGAAGUUUAUAGAGGAGCGGUUGCUGAUGUAUUCUUUUGUGAAUGACAAAUUUAUGCCUCCAGAUGAUCCUUUAGGACGCCAUGGCCCAAGCCUUGAAAAUUUCUUAAGAAAAAGACCAAUUGUUCCUGAGCACAAGAAGCAACCAUGCCCUUAUGGCAAAAAAUGCACCUACGGCCACAAGUGCAAAUACUACCACCCGGAGCGGGCCAACCAACCCCAGCGUUCGGUGGCUGAUGAGCUCCGCAUCAGUGCCAAACUGUCCACAGUGAAAACCAUGAGUGAAAGUACCCUGGCAAAAUGUGGCACAGGGUUGUCUAGUGCCAAAGGUGAGAUAACCUCAGAAGUCAAACGUGUGGCCCCCAAGCGCCAGUCAGAUCCCAGCAUCCGGUCUGUGGCUGUAGAGCCUGAGGAAUGGUUGUCAAUUGCCCGUAAACCUGAGGCCAGCUCUGUCCCCUCACUUGUGACUGCCCUAAGUGUCCCUACAAUCCCACCCCCCAAAAGCCAUGCAGUGGGUGCACUCAAUACCCGUUCAGCCAGCAGCCCAGUGCCAGGAUCCUCUCAUUUUCCCCACCAGAAGGCCUCGUUGGAGCACAUGGCCAGCAUGCAGUACCCCCCUAUUCUGGUUACCAAUAGCCAUGGGACUCCUAUUAACUAUGCUGAGCAAUACCCAAAGUUUGAGUCCUUGGGAGAUCACAGCUACUAUUCAAUGUUAGGUGACUUCUCCAAACUGAACAUCAACAGCAUGCAUAACCGAGAGUACUACAUGGCUGAAGCAGACAGGGGCAUGUAUGCUCGGAAUCCUAAUCUCUGUCCUGACAGCCAUAUGAGCCAUACCAGGAAUGACAACUAUUCCUCUUAUAACAACCUGUACUUGGCUGUGGCUGAUGCCCAUCCUGAAGACAGUUUGAAGCUGCAUCGCUCAGCAUCUCAGAACCAUCUUCAGCCUUUUCCUCAUGGUUACCAUGAAGCCUUAACACGAGUGCAGAGCUAUGGCUCAGAGGAUUCUAAGCAAGCCCACCACAAGCAGUCAGUCCCCCACUUAGUUCUGCAUGCUCAGCACUCAGCAACUGGACCACGCUCCAGCUGUCCUGCAGACUAUCCCAUGCCUCCCAGUAUCCAUCCUGGAGCCACCCCCCAGCAAGGACGUGCCCUGGUGAUGACUCGGAUGGACAGCAUUUCUGACUCCCGCCUCUAUGAGAGCAACCCCAUGAGACAAAGGCGACCUCCUCUGUGCCGGGAACAACAUGCCAGCUGGGACCCACUGCCCUGUGCAACCGACUCAUAUGGCUACCACUCUUAUCCCUUGAGUAACAGCCUCAUGCAACCAUGCUAUGAGCCAGUCAUGGUAAGAAGUGUGCCUGAAAAGAUGGAGCAGCUUUGGAGGAAUCCUUGGGUUGGGAUGUGCAAUGAUUUCAGGGAGCAUAGGAUCCCAGAGCACCAGUAUCAGACCUACAAGAACCUCUGCAAUAUUUUUCCUUCAAACAUUGUCCUUGCAGUAAUGGAGAAGAAUCCACACACAGUAGAUGCCCAGCAACUGGCAGCCUUGAUUGUUUCUAAGCUUAGGGCUGCACGUUGACAUGACAUAGGAUACAUCCCUUUAUAUAAAUAUGAAUACUAAUAUGAAUAAUGCACUAAUACCAUGAUAGUAACUAUUAAUUUUGUGUUGCGCUUUACAAGUUAUAUCUUGAAGCGUGUAACAACCCUGUGAGGUAAGUCACACUCAAGUCCUCUGAAUCCAAAUCCCAUGCCCUUUUGCUCUGCACCGUGCAGGUAAUGGAGGACAAAACCCAGGAGAGGAGGUCUAAGUUUAAGAAACUCCAAGGAAUUCCAUUACCAAUGUUUUCUUAGUCACACAUUCUGUAUUACAAAGUAAUGAUGAUAAAACUAAUUUAGAGAUCAAGAGCAUCAGAAUCAGAUCAUAUGUUGAAUUAACCUUUUGAGAUUUUUCAUAGGAAUAUUUAAAGCUAUUUAAAAGUAAAUGCAUACUUUAUUGCAUGGAUAUCUGAUCAUUCAAUACCUUUGCUAACCAAGCUAUAGGGUCACAUUGAAGUUUCUAGAAAUAUAUUUCAAACAUAUUGUUAACAAUUAUAUUGCAUGAAUGACUAUAUAUCUAGUUUGAGAUGUGUGUAUUUCUGCAUAACAUUUUACAUAGUGAUAAGAUAGGCUUUGCACAGUCCUUCGUCUAACAGCUUACAGAUCACAAAUCUGACUUGAUUUUGUCACAUUUAUAGUUUCAAAAAAUACUUUGAAAGUGAAAUUACAUGCCAAUAUUUGAACAUUGCUUCCUUAGGCAUCAGAGCAAAUAGCUCUUUCCUUUGCACUUUUUACUUGUCAACAUUUAUUGACAGUUUUUAGCUUUCAAGUCUCUUCACCUCAGCAAAUUAGGGAUCAGAUUGCAGCCACCUUCUGCAGAAGAGCUGUUGGAUAAAAUCAAGUUCCAAGCAUAGUAGGCGUGUGCAAGACAAGCGCAGAAGAGUUUGACCAAGACCAAGGGAUUUACUACCAGAAUCUGCUUCUCUUAUCCCAGAAGAAAUGGCCAAACUUAUGUGGCAUUAAAUGAUGAACACAAAAGCUGCACUCAAGGGAGAAUCUAAAGGGAUGCUCUUUGGACUUUUGACCUAUGCAGCAUUCAACAUCACAGGAUGAAAUGUAAUGGAAGACAGUGCAUAGCCAUGUAACACACUUUCUGAGGCUGUCCACCAGUAGGGCAGUAAGGUUGAUCAUUGGUUGGGCAGAAUUUCUUUAGGAAACAAAUCCAGGGGAUUUUUCUAGGUGGAAAAAGGCAGCUUCCAAAAGGGGAUGCUACAUCUUUGUGAAUAGCUGGCUAUUAUUCAUUUCAAAUCCAUGGAAAGAAGGUGCACUUGCCCUUAGAUAAUUCUUAAAUGUGUUUCUAUAGACGGCAGAAUUCUGGGUUGAGCUGCACCAUUUGUGCAACUUGUAUCUUGCUCAGGGUGGGACCUUUGUAGCUAAAUGCCUUUAGAAGAGGCAUUUAUUGUUUUUGUUUUUCUUGAGCUGUACACUAAAUGAACCCCCUUUUUGAAUCCAUUGUAUAUUUUAACAUUUUGAACCACAACCAGCUAUUUCUUGAGCUAUUACUUGCUAAUCUCUAUGUUCGUUUGCCAUGAAAGUUGAAAAAGCCUGUUCUCGGCCUUUUGUUUCUUCAUGAGAUGGUCUGACAACUGCCUAUAAAAGUUUCUUACUAUGAAACACUCCGAAUGUGAGGCUGUAGUCAGGGUGGUUUCUGGUGGUUUGAUAAUGGUUUGCAUGCUACUUUCUGACUUUCUCAGUCCUAGUUGAUCAAAAUUGCAUCUUAACCAAUGUUUCUCUUCAGUUAACUACAGCUUCAAAUUCAUCUCCUAUCCUCUGAUCUUUUCUUCUCCCAGCAUACUGAGGUAUUUUCUGUCAGAUAGGUCCAUAGAGAAUGACAGCUGCCAUUGAUGUGUUUGCUAUUUCACACAA